AUGUCCCUUAAACACCAGAAAUUUCAACCUUUUUCUCGCCCACACCAACAAUGCCACCGCACUGGGCGGACAACAGACCCCAAGCGUCCCUUCGAUCACCUCACCAAGUCACAUGAUGAGAUGAACCGGACAACCAGUCAGCGUCCCUUCCACCAGCCACGAAAACCACACACAGUUGCUACAAUCAACUGGUCCAAAACGUCAACCCACAUAACUCACAUUCAUUAG